AUGAACGCUAGCAAUCCGACAUUAAAAGUUCUCGAAGCGGUACGCGCUGGUGAUCGUGGAGGCAUAGGAAAGCCUUGCUUUAUAGGAUUCGGCCAAAAUCAUUUAGGCGCUGUAGCGCACACCGAAGUGGAACUUAGAGAUGAGGACUACAACAAGACUUGGAUGUAGCCCAACGGCGAGGGUGAAAUGGAAGUGGCUUAUUUGGUUGAACCGCCAGCUGAACACGAUCGUAGUGAAAUAUCCGAAUUUAUACAAUUUGAAUUUUUCACCAGCUCGAACCCUGACAAACCAUUAACGGCCGCUUUUUCGCUACUCGAAAGCCCCACGACGAAUACCACUCGCCGAAGCAAACGUGAGACCUGGGAGGAGCUAGCCGAUAGAUUUAAACCCGAUAUAAAUACGAAAAUUUUGGUACAUGGCUGGAAGUCGAGUUCACACAGUAAUUCCAUACAAACUAUACGCAACGCUUACACCGAACGUGGUAAUGUGAAUGUAUUCGCUAUAAAUUGGAGCGAUCAAGCGGAUAAUAUUUACUAUCUUGAACCGGCGCGUUAUACUGUACAAGUGGGUAGAGCAGUGGCGCAAUUAAUUGAUUUGCUAGUGGAAGAGAAAGAUGCCGAUCCGAAGAGCAUACAUUUGAUAGGACACAGUUUGGGGGCGCAUAUAAUGGGUUAUGCUGGCUCGUAUACGAAAUAUCGCGUUGGACGUAUUACCGGUUUGGUUCCCGCACGUCCCGCUUUUGAGGGCAGCACUGGUCCUGAGAAUCAUCUCGAUGUAACCGAUACUGAAUUUGUUGAUGUCAUACACACCUGUGCGGGUAUUUUGGGGUACAAGCAACCGAUUGGUGUCGUAGAUUUCUAUCCGAAUGGUGGAGGCGCUUUCCAGCCGGGCUGUAAUCAACCUGCGCAAAUAUUUAGUGAGUUAUUUAGCAUAAUUUCGUUUAAAACUUAG